CUUUCGACUAAGCGGAGGUAAAGAUACCCCCUGUUGGCUUAGACCGGAAAGUCGCCAUCUUUACGUGAGAAAAUUCGUGAGAAUUGAGAAUGAGCUGCUGAGAAUCCUUAAUGUGACUGAUGAGGGGAAAGCGCGCAAACAUGACAAGAUUACGUGUUUUAAACCUGUAUUUAACCGAGCGUUUAAUGACAGCUGCACAAGAGAUAAUGAAGAUGGUGGGAGAUACUGUGUCGGAGUACCUGGAGGAAACCGAUCGAACGAGGAAGGAGAAUGAGAAUCUAAAACGGUUCUUGCGAGAGAUUGGAUUUGCUGUUGAAGCAGGUUUGCCGAAAUCUGCUCAGCCUGCUGCUCCUGCUGUCCCCGUGAGCGUGGCUCUUGUUGAGGAGCUGCAGCAGCAGAGCUCCGGUCUGGGGCAGGACGCGGAGCCCCUGCAGCCUGCCGUGAAGGUGGAGCUCUCCGAGCAGCAGAGGGGCAGACUGGGGAAAGAGGAGUUCCAAGCACAGGAGCCUCACACACCGGGGUCAGUAUUCCCACCUCUGUGUGUGAAAAAUGACCAGGAUCGGGUCACUCCAAACCGCCCAGAUGUCAAAACGAAGACGGCAGCUGCUGAUGAAGCGACUGCUUCGCCCGAUUUCAUUAAAGUAGAGAUCGAUGGAGUAGACUGCAACAUAGAACAGCCCACUGAGGCCCUUUCCAUUCGCGCUGUGACUGCUAGCAGUGACACACUCCAGAGUGAAAAUAGUGUGAAUGUCAGUGAGGAAGACAUUGGUGGACCAGCGUCACUGUCGGAGGCACAGCAUUCCAAAGGAAAACCGAGUGUGCUGAAAGGACCAGGAUCACAUUCCUGUGUGUACUGUGGAAAGGUUUUUUGCCAAUUAUCUCGGCUGAAGUUGCACCUGAGAAUUCACACAGGGGAGAGACCCUUUCGCUGCACUGUAUGUGGGAAGAGCUUUAAUCAGUCAGGGCACUUAAAAGUACAUGAGAGAAUUCACACUGGAAAGAAACCCUACUCCUGCACCACGUGUGGGAAAUGUUUUAAUUACUCUGGGAAAUUUAAAGAGCACCAAAGAAUUCACACAGGGGAGAGACCAUAUCGCUGCACAUUUUGUGGGAAGCAUUUUAGCCAGUCAUGUCACUUAAAAUCACACACACAAAUUCACACCGGGGAGAAACCUUACAGCUGUCCAGUGUGUGGGAAGGGUUUCUGUAAUUCAAGUCAAAUUAAAGGACACCUUCAGACUCACUCUUCAGAGAAAAUAUUUGCCUGAUUGAAGUGUGGGCUAUACUUUAAAAAGCUGGUACAUUUUAUAUUUCCAAGCACCUUUGUCAUUUCACACAUGUGAAAUACUGUAAAGCUGAACCCAAUUUGGAAUGGGUCCAACAGUUGAAUGCCUGUAUAAUAAAGUCUU